GUUUGUGAAUCCUACCUUCAAAUAAAAGAGCUCCUCUGUUGAACGGAGUUGCGCUCCUUGAUUGGAAAUCUUUUGUACAUAGAAACCAUGUUCGCUACGCUAUUUCUGCUAUAAAUAAGCACGAUGGUUGACAACGAAAACACAUUUCCAAGACGAGGAAGAAUUAAGUCAACGCAUCCAAAGCAACGAAGCAAAUCAUUAGAUAAUUUGCAAAACUGGCGAAUGAGGAAAACAUCAGAAGAACUGACAGACAUCAUACUCCUUGAACAUGACUACUGUUCCACGUGUCAACCGAGCGAGACUGCCACUGGACUAGGUGACAACGAAUCUGUCAAUGUUGACGAAAUGAAUGUCGAUGCGGUUGCACACAGCACAAGGGAAUUACACAAACAUAACGGCUGGAAGGAAGGCAGACGAAUUGUGGAGUUGGGUACUUAGCAGACAAAUUACAGAAGGGCUGUCAGAAGUGCCAUUCGCCUUUACAUCUACACCAGUGCGUGUUUGAACAGUUUUAUGGACUGGGAAGUUUACUGAAUGU